UGUGCGUGCAAAAGAACUCGCUUGUCGUGUUGCAGUGCGUGUGCCUUCUACAAUUGACUUUCAUCGCCUCGGCCCGGUGCAGAGGCGAGCGGAACGCAGCAGGCAGGCGGCGGAGCGCGACGGCAGGCGGCAGGUGCGCGGGGGGCGGCGGGCGCGCGGGGGGCACCACCGGCGACAAGACGGACGGCGGGCGGCAGCCGGGGCCCGCGCUGCGCGCCUCGGGGCGGAGCAACGUCCCCCCGCGGCGACGCUGGGUCCCACCCUCCUCGCUGCGACACCACGAGGUGCCCGACGGCGAUGCCAAGCACGACGUCAUAUUCCGGAAGGUGCGCGGUAUCCUCAACAAGCUCACUCCGGAGAAGUUCCAGAAGCUGAGCGAUGACCUCCUCGGACUGGAACUCGACUCGGACAAGGUGCUCAAGGGCGUCAUCCUUCUCAUAUUCGAGAAGGCCCUCGACGAGCCCAAGUACUCGUCGAUGUACGCUCAGCUGUGCAAGCGACUGAGCGAGGAGGCUCCCAAUUUCGAGCCGCCCGGAGCGCCUUGCACCUUCAAGUUGCUCCUUCUUAAUAAAUGUCGAACCGAAUUCGAGAACCGAGCGCAGGCGUUCGCCGCGUUCGAGGACAAAGCGUUGUCCCCCGACGAGGAAGAGAAGAGACAUCUCGCCAAGUGCAAGAUGUUAGGUAAUAUAAAGUUCAUCGGUGAACUCGGCAAGCUGGAGAUCCUGGCCGAGUCGAUCCUGCACCGUUGCAUCCAGAAUCUCCUGGGACGGCGCGCGGCCGUCGAGCACCACGAGGACCUGGAGUGCCUCGCGCAGCUGGUGCGCACGUGCGGCCGCGUGCUGGACUCGGAGCGCGGCCGCGGCCUCAUGGACCAGUACUUCUCGCGCAUAGACACGCUGUCCUCGUCCAAGGAGCUGGCGCCGCGCAUCCGCUUCAUGCUUCGCGACGUGGUGGAGCUGCGGCGCGGCGGGUGGGUGCCGCGCGCGGCGGUGUCUGCGGAGGGCCCGGUGCCCAUGCACCAGCUGCGCGGCGACGACGAGCCGCCCGCGCGCCGCGACCGCGACCGCGACCGCGAGCAGCGCGCGCGCGAGCCCAUGUUCGGCCGCCCGCGCCACAUCGAGGACGUGCUGGCCGGCCUCAGCCUGCAGCCGGCCUCCUUCGUCACGCCCGGCGACAAGUUCUUCGGCAACGGCUACGGCGGCGGCGGCCGCGAACAGUACCGUAAUUCGCGGUCGGGGCCCUUCCUGCGGCAGGCCGGCCAGCACUACGGCAAGCAGCAGGGCUCCGCGCAGGGCAAGGAGCCCGGCGGCGGCCGCGCCAGCAAGGCGCGCGUGUACGCGGUGGGCUCGGGCGCGCUGCAGGACGUGCAGAUGAGGCCGGCCGCCAACUCGCUCAUGUUCACCGCCAACCGCAUCUCGCGCCCGCCGCCGCCGCUCCCCACCGUGCAGCAGAAUGUCUUGACACCAGCAUUCGCGAGCACGCCUUCGCUACUGAAAGAAACCGCCAUCACUAUUAAACCUGCCCCUGACAAGAAGGACAAACCCAAAAAAGACAAGGGCGUCAACAAGGACGAGGCCUGCCGGCUGGUGGUGGAGGCGGUGCAGGCGCUGGCGGAGGCGGGGCCGCAGCCGGACCCGGACGCGGAGGAGACGGCGAGCGCGCGCGAGCACCUGCAGCGGCUGCAGCAGCUGCAGCUGCCCGACAAGCUGCUGCGGCGCGCCAUCGGCGCCGCGCUGGAGCACGCGCUGCAGGCGCGCGCGGCCGACGAGGCGGCGGCGGAGGCGCUGUGCGCGGCGGCGGCGCGCGUGGUGGCGGCCGUGAAGAGGUCGCCCCAGGCGGACGCGCUGCGGGCGCUGCUGGCCGCGCCGCCGCAGCCGCACCCGCGCCUGCCCGCGCUGCUGGCCCACGCCGUGCGCCACAAGCUGCUGCCGCUGGCCGACGUGGGCGCCUGGUGCGAGGGCGGCCAGCACCACCCGCUGCUGCUGCAGCUGCUGCAGCGGCUGCGCGACCUGGUCGGCGCCGAGCGCCUGCAGCGCCUCUACGACGAGAGCAAGAUCAACCUGUGCGCGUACGUGACGGAGCACGAGGGCGCGGGCGCGGCGGCGGCGGCGCUGGCCGCGCUGGAGGCCCGCGGGCUGGCCGCGCUGGUGCCGCAGCUGCGCGUGCAGGCGCUGCUGGCCCGCCAGCUCGCCGCCGAGCCCGCGCCGCAGGCCCUCUACCGCUGGAUCAAGGCGAACGUGGAGCCGGCGGUGCGCGCUAACGCAGCGUUCGUAUCGACGCUGGUGGCGCUGGUGGCCGGACACGUGACGGCGGAGGCGGGCGCGGACGGCGCGGGAGGGGGCGGCGGCGGCGGCGGCGGGGGAGGGGGAGGGGGCGCGGACGGCGCCGACAAGGCGGCGCUGGAGCGAGAGAAGGCGCUGCUGGAGACGUACGCGCCGCUGCUGACGGCGCUGCUGGGCGGCCGGCCCGAGCUGCAGCUGGCCGCAGUGUACGCCGUGCAGGUGCACGCGCACCACCACCGCUACCCCAAAGGGAUGCUGCUGCGCUGGUUCAUGUACCUGUACAACCUGGAGGUGUGCGAGGAGGACGCGUUCCUGCGGUGGCGCGAGGACGUCACCGACGCGUACCCCGGCAAAGGGGAGGCGCUCUUCCAGGUGAACACGUGGCUGACGUGGCUGCAGCAGCAGGAGUCGGAGGACGAGGAGGCGGAGGACUAGCCGGCGGCGGAUGGCCGCGCACUCGCCCUCGUCCGCACGGACGGCCGCCGACGGGCCGCACCGCUUUUAUUUCGCGCUCAUCUCAUUUUAUAAAUAUAAUUAAGCCAAAUAGUUAAAAUUACCUACCUUCGCCGUUUAACUCUAGACCCGCCGCGACCUCCGCGACAGAGGCUCCAGGGUUAAAUAGGUCAAUUUUUAGGUUAUACUACGUAAACGAAUAUUAGUAUCUCGAAAUAAUUUUUUGUAGGCCUUUUACUCGAUUUUGAUACUUUUACAAAUGUAUACAAUGUAUAGUGUUCGUUUGGACGUAUGAUUGCACCCCGAUCUGCCCCUCCCCACAGUGAGCGUGUUUUAGUUAAAAUUGUAAAAUAUAUAUAUAUAUACACACAAUAUAUAUAUAUAUAGAUAUAUAUAUAUGAAGAACUUAAAUCAAUUUUUUAUUAAUAUCAUGAUCAUUUAUUUUCAAUGCUAAAUGGACUUAGUGAUAAACUGUAAGAAUGCUUCGAUUUCAUUAUAUUAUCAAAGUUUAGAAUUUUAUAACUAGGUAAAUGAAAAACUAAAAAAAAAAAAGAAACAUAUGAUUUCCUCGGGCGUAAGAAAUGUAUGUUGAGUGAAUUGUAAUAAAGUUAUGAAGUGAUGCCACAUUAAUUAAGCAACAA